AACUACUAUUUAAGUCAAUAAAUUUUCUUUUCGCUUAGCUUGAGAAACACCAGCAAGCCGCCCUAGCACCGUCGGUAACGCCGGAAACAACCGGCCUCCGCAGAACUGGCGCCGCCUCUCUGUCUGUCGCCGGCAUUCCGCCUGGCUCAUGUACUACGGCGCAACUAAAUCACAACAUGGCGCAACGAAAUGAAGCAAUUGGAAGGAAAAGGCGAGAGAAGAGAUUGGAGGGAUUUUCCCAAGAAGCAACAUGCUCUGAUGCGGGGGCUGCAGGCGUCGAAGGUGUCAAGGACGAUAACGCCGUUGUUGAUAUCGGGUUUUGAAGGACUGUGCUAUGGCACUUUUGCUUGAAUCUAUCGCGGUUCGUCCAGAAUGGCCAUGAAGAUAGUCAAGCUGUUAGGCUUAGAAGCUUGUUGAUUUGCAGUGAUGGGUUCUGUCCCUUUCAAAGUUCGUCAAGAGAGCUCAUGCCAAUGGGGUGAAAGUACUUGCUCUGAUCGAUCAUGAUACAAUGGCUGGCAUCCCUGAGGCCAUGGAAGCAGCUUGUAGAUUUGGCAUCAAGGUAAUGCUGUGUUGAGAUUAGCACAAUAUUUUUCUGAAGAGGGGGUUUCUGAAUUGAAAAAACUAGAUCACAUCAUUACAUAUAAUUAUGGGUGCUGGCCAACAAGAUUGAUGAAGUGGAGAAAUUUUUGGCUAACAUUAGGGAUGGCGAUCUCCUUUGUGCAUAAACCUUGCCUCAAAGUUGAAUGAUCUCAAAUUGCUGCUCAAGCAGGAGAAUGUAGCCAGUAUUGUAGGCAAGGGAGUUGCCCCUGAGAGACUACACAUGGCUCAUGCAAUGGUUGAAGCUGUCCAUGUUGAGAAUUGUUCAGUUCCUUGCUCAUUUAUGGGAAGUGAGCCACUUUCAGAGGAAGCAGUGGGAUUUAUCCGUGAUACAGGGUUUGUUAGUGCUGGUUCGCCCCUGAGCAUUGAAGAAUCCCAUUGCCAUCAUCGGGAGGUUAAGAGAUGCAGACAUUCAUGGUCUGGAAGUUUGGAAGUGAUGGAAAUCUGGCAGCACUCAGUGACCUUGCAGAUGCCUAUGGUCUUAUUAAGCUUGGAGGAUCAGAUUGUCAUGGUAGAGGUAUGCAUGAUGAAUCUGGUAGGAAGCAUGAAUCUUCCUGUGUUAGUCAUGCAUGGCUUCCUAAAUAUAGCCCAACCAAUCUGGCACAGUGCAUUUCAGGACAUUACAAACAAUUUUGUCAAUGAAACCUCUUAUGCAGAAUUGCAGCAGAUCUUAAAACUUUAUAAUACCCAGUGCUGUAAGGGGGUUUCCAGCUGCAGAAAGGACAUGAUUGAAUUAUGUGAAUCUUCUUGGUUGACAGAUGAAAAAUGGCAAAAUGAUGAGCUUGAGGCCAGCAGAUUGAAGCUUUCCAAUGUUUCUAUUUGCUAGGGAAAAAAGGAGUCAAGUCCUUUUGAGUCAGUGGGCCUCUUAUACAUUGUUUUAUUGUCCUAUUUCAUUGCAUUCCCUUAUGGUUUUCUGAUUUGAUCAUGCUUUUGGCGUUUCUUCUGUUGAUGUGGGACAUUUGUUGUCUGUCAGUACAUUCUUUUAAUCUAAAAAAGCUGUUGGGCUUAGAGAGCUGAGUGCUGAUUCAUCUCUUCAGCCAGGUUUUGUCCUCUCCUUACACCUA